AGCCAUUUUGGAUCAAGCGUGGCUGCUUGAGCUUGAACAUCCAGAAUCUUGGGCUCGAGGGAUGGUUGCCAACACCUGCGCAGUGGAGCGAGUCGGGAUCUGGGCAGUGGCGAACGCAAGUCCAACAGAGGUCACCCUUCUCCUCUCGAACCUGGCGGCGGAGUGCUCCAAGAGCCAGUUGACGAAGUGGAUGGAUUCCCAUGGCUGUAUGGAGGGGUGCGACUACCUGUUCGUCCCCAGGAACUUCCAGACCGGUGUAUGCCUCGGGUGUGCGUUCGCCAAUUUUAAGUUAUAUUUUGGUUCCUGGCUCUUUGGGUGGUUUCCGGCGUGAUCAAUACUCCAUCUUCGUCAUCAAGUGAUUCGGAGGGAACAGCCAUCUCGGCCUGGCGCUGUGUAUUGAAAGCAGAUGUUCGUCAGUUCAGACGACCUGUAGUAUCAGAGGCACUGUUUGUGGCCCUGCUGUUCUUAAUUGCGAGCGACUAUUGGUCAUAUGCGGUCAGGAAGCCCCUGAUCUUUGUCAUGUUAUGCGUUCGCCAAUUUCGUCGACCCCGCGAGAGCCGAUCGGCUCGUGAAGUCGGCCCGCGACACCGCCAUGAGGGUGGUGGUCUCCACGGACCAGGGCCUGGUGGCCAACCUCGUCGAGUGGGCCAGCGGCCGGGCCAGUCACGUCUGUCACCCCGAGAACCUGCCUUUUGUCCGUUCUCGCGAUGCACUGGGCAUCGAAGGCUUGCCAGCCUUGGCCUGGCUAGCCUUCGUCAAAACGGAGCUCCGGGAAAUUGCUCUUGUUCUUCCGGGAAGCAGCCUGUUUACUAUUUCGUGCGUUGAGUUUUAUUUUCGGAACGUAUUGCUUUCUUCUGGGAAGACCGUUUUCGCAGCCACAGAUUUGCCAGCCUUCGCCCAGCUUCCGACCAGAAUGCAUGUUUUGUGAUCCACCCAUAGUCCGAGCGGCCCUGGCACGACGCGGACGCGUGCUGCCGUUCAUGGGGCGGGAGGCCCUGCCGUGUAGCCUCGAGCCGGCCGCAGCGCUUGUGGCUUGCUUGGCCCCAGUCCUGAACUUUUGAGGCCGCUCGCGCAGAUUUGUGAGCGCUUUUUAUUUAUUCAUUCUUUGACCGAUCGGCGCGGGCCCCCCCCCCAUGAAAUAGAUCUUGGCUGUUUUUGGGCGCCUGUUUCGAGCAGGUGGAGUCUGCCCCACAAUGAAGGCACGGUUCCAAACAGUCGCACUAAGCAGAGGUCUGGAGCCAGACC